CUCGAAUAUUUAAGUAACAAACUGAUUCAAUGAGAGCUACGUGCUUAUUCAAUCUUACAGUUCUUUAAAUUAUGCAGAAAGAGAUUAGUAUACGUGCUCAGAAUUUUUUCACAUUGACUUCGAAUUUCGAAUGCACAUAAGUAAGCCUAGAAAGCAUUGAAGGUUUACAUUUCAAUGGCAAACACUAAACUCAUUCUCUUUUUCUUUGCAUUCUGUUUCAUCUUGUUAAGGUCUACUGCUGUGGACAUUAUCUCCGUAGAUCAGAAGGUCACGGAUGAUGGUAAUGACACCAUCGACUCGAGUGGUGAAGUCUUCCAAAUGGGAUUUUUCAGCCCUGGAAGGUCCAAGAAUCGGUACUUGGGAAUAUGGUACAUGAAAAUUUUACCAAGGGUGGUAGUAUGGGUGGCUAAUCGCGAGACUCCUCUGACGGAUACGUCAGGGGUACUAAGCGUAAAUUCAAUUGGAAGCUUAGUACUUUCUGAUGGAACAGGAAGUGUGAUCUGGUCAGCAAACUCGACAGGAUCUGUGGGGGACAACACGACUGUGGCGCAAUUGUAUGAUACUGGAAAUCUUGUCAUCAGGAAUAGAAAUGAUGGGGACCCUACAAAUUUUUUUUGGCAGAGCUUUGAUCAUCCUGUAGACCAUCUUCUGCCUACACAGAAGAUUGGUUUCGACUUCAAGAAGGGCCUGGAACGAUACCUCACUUCGUGGAAAAGUCCUGAUGAUCCGGCUCCAGGCAAUUUCCGCUUUGGGAUUAACAAUAAUGGGUAUCCACAGUUGAUUGGCUACAACCAUUCCAAUGUGAUAUUCAGAAUUGGACCAUGGGAUAAUGUAGAGUUUAGUGGGCUGAGAUUUUUUCAGCCUGAUCAGAGUUUUAUUCCAGAUUCUGCUUUGAAUAAGGAGGAGAUCUAUUACAGGUACAGUGUCCCGAAUAGUCCUGUUGUUGUGCGCCUCGUGCUGUCUUCAGAAGGAGUUUCCCAAAUUUUAUCAUGGAAUGAUAAGCAGAAAAUUUGGGCAAGUAAUCUCAACUCACAGCAAGAUAUCUGUGAGAGAUAUGCACUUUGUGGUGCAUAUGGUAGUUGUGAAGGCAGUAAAGCAGGGGCAGGGGGUGACAGAGAAUGUAGCUGUCUGAAAGGAUAUGAACCGAAAGAUCCAAAAAAUUGGAAGUUGGGAAAUUGGUCAGAAGGUUGUGUGAGAAAGACUCCUUUCAGCUGCGGAAAAGGAGACACAUUUUUUCAAUUUAUUCAUGGCAAAAUGCCUGACACGCGGAAUUCAACUUAUAACACCAGCAUGGACCUUCAGCAAUGUAAGACCGCGUGCUUAAAUAAUUGCUCUUGCACAGCUUACUCAAAUAUAGAUGUCAGACAAGGCGGAAUGGGAUGCAUGUUAUGGUUCAAUGAUCUGUAUGAUAUCAGAGAUUACGAUGGACCUGGGCUCCCGUUUUUUGUAAAAGCUGCUGCUUCAGAUGCGAGUUCAAGAACAAAGAGGACAGUAAAAGUUAUCGUUCCUUUGGUAGCAGUAAUGGUAGCAAUAUUGCUAGGCGUAUUCCUGAAAUGUGUGCGCAGAAACAGACUGCUGAGAAAAAAAGGGAUAACAGACGUGAAAGGUUCCGUACGUGAUAAUAAGAGGGAGGAGUUAGAUUUGCCUAUGUUUGACUUCGUUAUCAUAGCCAGAGCCACCAUGAACUUCUCUUUAAGCAAUAAGCUUGGUGAGGGCGGCUUUGGACCCGUGUAUAAGGGUACCUUGGAGGAUGGCCAAGAAAUCGCGGUGAAGAGGCUGUCAAAACAAUCAACACAAGGACUCGAUGAGUUCAAGAAUGAAGUUUCAGUAAUAGCCAAACUUCAGCAUCGAAACCUUGUGAGGCUUUUAGGAUGUUGCAUUGAGGAAGGUGAAAUGAUGUUGAUCUAUGAGUACAUGCCCAACAAAAGUUUAGAUGCCAUUCUCUUUGACCCGGAACUAAGCAAGACCCUAGAUUGGCCAAUGCGUCAGAACAUUAUUUGCGGAAUUGCCAGGGGGCUUCUCUAUCUUCAUCAGGACUCAAGAUUACGAAUCAUACAUAGAGAUCUUAAAGCUAGUAAUGUUCUACUUGAUCAUGAAAUGAAUCCAAGAAUAUCAGACUUUGGCAUGGCCAAAACUUUUACAGGAAGUGAAACUCAAGCAAAUACUACUAGAGUAGUUGGGACAUUCGGUUAUAUGUCCCCUGAGUAUGCACUUGACGGAACAUUUUCUGUUAAAUCCGAUGUGUAUAGCUUUGGCGUACUUGUUCUAGAGAUAGUUACUGGGAAGAAAAUGGGGCGUUACUAUCAUUCUGAGUAUAGCCCUAAUCUUCUUAGUUAUGCCUGGACUCUUUAUGAAGAGGGAAAGCUUUCUGAACUCUUUGAUAGCAAAACUCUGGAGUCACAUGAUAAGUCUGAAGCAUUUCGAGCAAUACAGAUAGGCUUAUUAUGCGUCAACACUUAUCCAGAAGACAGACCAAGCAUGUCAUACGUGGUGUCCAUGAUGACUUCCGAGAGUGAACUCCCAAGGCCUACACGGCCUGGUGCCUACAAUUUCAAAUCUUCAGACAGUAUGACAGAUCCGUUAACAAAAACAUGGACAACUAAUAGUAUAAGUCUUUCGGAUUUUGGCCCCAGAUAGUACAAGGUAGCUAAAUUUGUGACUUUAUAAAGGGAAAUUUUCUCAACAGUUAUAUGUUUUCCUUUGCUCUCAGUUGAGAAAAAACUAGGAGAUUUUUGUUGGUAUAAAUAUCAACCAAAUCUGUACUAAGACAUGUAAUAAUUUUUUUACCUUUCCUCCUAAUUCUUGAACUAGUAAAUUAUAAUCAAUAA